AUGUCAGAAAAUUUCCAAAACCCAUCUGCAUUAGGAACUGCAAAUUCUUGGCAGGUUUUUGUUCCUGUAGUAAGCAAUGCAGCUUCCCUGGCAGGAAGUGCCUGCAACUUCUCCACAGUCUCUGCUUCAGCUGUUAACUCUGCCUGGCUCCUACCAUCAGACUCUGGCACCCCUUAUCAACCACUUAUGGGUAGUGCCUACCCUUACCAACAAAUUAACACAGGAAUGCUGUCUGGAGUUUCUGGCCAGAACCAGACAUUCACUUCAGCCUCUUCCUACCCCACUAUUAUUCAGUGGGAUAUUAGUGGAAGUGCUCAAAAGAAGUCCUCUACCACUGGAGGCUUCACUAUGAUGGUCACUGACCAAGACACAGCUGUCUCUUCCAUGUCAGUAGCAGCUCAGUACCCCAACAUCCCACAUAGCACCAGCACAGUGCCUCUGUACACAUACCCGUCCCUUUCAGGCAGACUUGUCAAGAGGACACCACCUCAGGAUCCACAUCACAGUCAGAGCCUGAUGCUUCCCUACCAGGAAGGGAGUCAGGUGCAUUAUUAUAAUCAGGGCACCCUGAGGUCUGUACUGUCUGAGGAACUUGGUCCCUUUGUGCAGUCCUAUGACUCCAUGUCAUAUACAGGAGGUAGGGGCUCUGCCCUCCAAACUUACAACUCAACCCCUGAAAUGGCCAUGAUACUAAAGGAGGUCCAGCUCACAAAUACCUUCCCACUGGCCUCCACCUCUGAAUUCUACAACUCUGCAUCUGCUCAGCCCAUCACAGAAUCGAGAUUUCAAGUGAUGGAUUCCCUGAGAACCCAGGCUUCUCUAGGAUUUCAACCUGCAAGUCAGACAUAUUGUCAGACACAGAAUCCAGAAUUCCCCAAAUCAAACAGAAAUGAGAUAGAACUAUAUGAGAGCAACCCACCACCUGAGCUUCAGAAUAGUUCUAUGUUAGCUCCAGUGCAAAGUAAUCUGGCACUGUCUCUUGCUCCAAAUCAAGAACCAACUGAGAACCACAAUUUAGAUGCAAUCAGUAUUGAAGAGUCAGAAUCUCUGGACUCACAUCCAAACCCAAUAGCAAAUAAAGAUCCUUUGCUUUGCCCUGUCGAAAGCCCUGAUCUACACCAAUUCCUGUCCUGCUUUGAUCCUCUGGACCAAGAAAAGCAGGUUGCUUCUGAAAACAAGGGCCUGGGAAAGAAUAUUACAUGCUAUGAGGAUAAUGUAGCACUGGAAAAUGACACAGACUCUAGUAGCAGUCUGGCAGAUAUCACCACCUUGGAAGAUAUAAAUUGUCCCUCCCUUCUUGAGUCCUUGCAAGACCUGGUCCAAAACAACUCUCUCCAGGAAACUGACACCAAAGAAAAUAUCACAAUUGAGAUGCACCAAAAUUCAAGUGCCACAAAAGACCCCUAUGUCCAACACAGAAAAAACAAAAAUAAGACCUCUAAACCUAUAGAUGAUGAACCACAGAAUAAAAUUCAAAGAAAGAACGAAGAUAAUCUAGUAGAAGAAAUGAGAGUUUCCAAUUCCAUGCCUGUAACCAGAGAGAGAUCUCCUGCUAACUCCAAACCUAAUAGCCAAAAACAGAAAGUAACAUCCAACAGUAGAAAGGAAAAGAGCCAGGGGCAGCCAAAGACAAAAAGUGCAAGAGAGAUCAACACUAAGAAAGUCAAUGAAACUAGGCAGACAGGCACCAAAGAAGAGGCAGAAGGGAAGAUAACCAUUGCCCAAACAAAGCAUAAAAGGAAUCCACCUGAGGUUAGGCAAGAGCCUUUGAAAAAACCUAGAAGCUCCCUAGGCCUCCACAUGCUGGAGUCUGUUCAGGUUUUUCACCCCUUAGGGAAAAGGAAGGAUCCAACCCCUGGACAGACUUCGUCCAGGUUUCUUGGAAACUCCAAUAAGACAAAGGGUUUCCAGCCAUCUUCUGUCUUCAAACGAAGACCACAUACUUCACAGGAGGAAAAAGGUGUUGAGAAACUUCAAAUCCAAUCUAAAACAACUAGCAGCAAUGCUGGAGAAAACAGUUCAUCAUCUUCUGUUUGUGAGUUGCCACCUCCUGGAAAAGUCAAAUUAAUACCUUUGCCAUUUUUCCCCUCAGAGAAGCCUCAACUUGUUUGUCGAAAGCCAAGGCCACAACAUCUGGCUGGUAGUGUUCCUGCUGCAUCUCAGCCUACCCGGCCUGGUUCUUCCAGUGCCAUUCAACCAACUGCUGGCAAGUCAUCCCAGCCAAUUCCUUCCCCUUUGGCAGAUUCUAAAAGACCAGCUCAGUCCUUCUCAGAGAAUGCACCUCAAGCAACUCUGAAGAAACCAACUAGCCCGCCUAUUGCUCCACCUGAAACAUCUAGACCUGCUCCAGUUCAAGCAACAUUCUCUUCUCGCCAGAGGGACUGUCACAUUAAACCUGUGACCAAGGGCCAGUCUCCACUGAAGAAUCAAAAUCAGUUUUUACUGGAAGAUUUUAGUGCCCAACGAAUUCCCUGGAGAGAGCCGAAUGUACCAGAACCAGUGAUAUCAACACCUAUCACUGAGGAGCAGAGGCCUGAGCGUGAAGCAAUGAAAAGGAAGGCUCAGCGGGAGAGGUAUAAUGCUUCCAAGUACACUUCGUUGGGGAAAGUGAGAUUUUUCCCUCAGAGAGAAAGAGACAUCAACAUAUCUCUCUACUAUGGUUAUGUAGGUGUUGACUAA